AUGCAUCUAAGGGAUGACGACGAUGCCGGCCGGCGCAAUGUUAAUCCAGCCGAUACGCGCCAUCCUCUCCAUGUUCGGCAUAACGUUGCGAAAAGGUUCACACCAGGAGAUCCUUGUGUUGUUUGCGGUGAUGCGGCUUCUGGAAUUCAUUACGCGGUAGCGGCGUGCAAUGGCUGUAAGACGUUUUUCAGACGGGUUGUUCUUGAGAACCGAACAUACUCAUGUAAGAACAAUGGCGAUUGCAUUAUCGACAAGAACAUGCGCUGUUCAUGCCGACAUUGUCGUUUCAAAAAGUGCAUUAGGGUUGGAAUGGACCGAAGUGGUGGGUUAGGAGUCUUUCUUUGUAUUAGAUAUUUUUUGAACAGUGCCUUUAGUAACGAUGCGAUUUUCAGGUACCAGAUUCUGCUAUCAUCUUCUAUUAUGCCAAUUCAUACCACUCUACGAGAUGCACUUGGAGGUGGAUAUAAAGCUUUUGAUGAUGUUGAGAAGUAUGCUUCGAACCCGAUGCCUGUCGGAAUGUCCACGAAUUUCUCCUAUUGGCGUGCGAAAAUAUUGUCUGUUAUCGUUGAAUGGGCGAAAUCUUUCGAGAUGUUCAAUCGACUGGCACUUGACGAUCAGAUGCGACUCAUUGUCCACUCAUCGUUUUCCAAUCUCGUACUAGCAGAAGCGUUUAACACACCUGAAAAAUACACGGACCGAAUCGUCUUUCCUGAUGGUUUGAGUGGGUUUCGAAGUCCGUCCGCAAACACACUGAAAGAACGAAAUGGAUUGAUUCCAACCGUCGUGGCAGUUAUCAAUAACAUUCUGGUUCCUAUACGUCGGAUGAAAAUGACGAAGAUUGAAUAUUUGCUUCUUCAGGCAGUUAUAUUCUAUGAUCCUGAGUGUUUAUCGUUAUCUGAAACAGCCCAGCAAUUAAUAGCGGCUAAACGACGUCGUUUACUUGAUUCUUUGCGUCGCCACUUGGAUUCUAAAAUGAAAGAUUCCACGGAAAGUGCAACUCGAUUUGCGGAAAUCUUACUACGAAUCGGUAAUGUCCAGAAAGUUGCCGCCUUUAAGCGAGAGACGUUGUGCACGAUAGAAACGUUCAACUUGAUGCAACCUCAUCCGUUUACUAUGGAAAUCUCGAAGAAAUAUCCAGAUGUGUCGUUCUUCUAG